UCCAAAUUGUUUACAAUAUUUAUGAUUUAUGUAGAAUUUUGUAGCCUGUAUCUUACGGUGCGGUAGUAAGUUUUAAAAGCAAUAACUAUUAGUUUUCUACAUUACAACAAAAUAAAAUAUUACAACAAGAAAACACAACCCGGAAUCGUAACGUACUUUUAGUGGCAAAAUGAACAUUUUGGAGAGAAAAACUAUGUUAGCUUUAAUCAAUUCGUGUAUUCCGCCGCUAUCGGGUAGCAGCCACAAAGGUCAAGCCGGCAGAAUAGGUAUUGUCGGCGGCUCAUUAGAAUACACCGGUGCACCUUAUUUUGCGGCAAUAAGCGCACUUAAGGUUGGAGCAGAUUUAGUUCAUGUUUUCUGUUCAGCAUCGUCAGCCCCAAUAAUAAAGUCAUAUAGCCCAGAACUGAUUGUUCAUCCACUGCUUGAUCACAAGGAUGCCAUAAGUGAGAUUUCACCUUGGCUAGAUAGAUUACAUGCUAUUGUUAUCGGCCCUGGUUUGGGAAGAGCUGACAAAACAUUCGAAACAGUGUCACAACUUAUUGGAAUUAUAAAGGAGAAGAAAAUACCUUUAGUCAUUGAUGCUGAUGGUCUCUUUCUCAUCACUCAACAGCCUGCACUGAUCAAGGAUUUCUCCUCUCCAAUAAUUUUAACUCCAAACAAAAUAGAAUUUGAGAGGCUCAUCCAAAAUACUGGUGGUAUAUCAGACCUACACAAAUCCAGUAAAUACACCACAGUUUUGAAAAAGGGAGAGAAUGAUGAAGUUUUAAGCCCAGAUGCUUCUCUACAGUGGCAGUCAAGUGUUGGGGGUUCAGCUCGAAGGUGUGGGGGCCAAGGGGAUUUGCUCUCUGGUUCCCUUGCAGUAUUUCUAUAUUGGUGUUUACUGAAUGGCAACAAAUUACCAAUAGACAAAGGCAGUGACAGCAAACUAUCUGCAUCCUCGUUUGCAUGCUAUGCUUCAUCUGCUCUAGUAAGACUUUGCAAUGAAAAAGCAUUUAAAUUGAAAGGCAGAAGUAUGUUGGCAACUGAUAUGAUAGAGCAGAUACAUGAUGCUUUUAACCAGUUGUAUGGUGAAUAAAAUACCUAAUAUUAUUAAUUACUUUAAAAACGCUUAA